AUGAGCAAAUACAUAUGGCAUGAAAAUGGUUUUUUAAUUUUUGAAGAUUAUAAUUUUGUUACGUAUACCAGAAGGCAAGGGAACCACAAAUAUGAGCGUAAGAAUAAAGAAUGUAUGAACCAUUUUAAUAAUGGUAAAGAAGGUAUAUAUAAAAAUGUUUUGUUUAUGGAAAACUAUCAUCUUAGUAUAGAUCGAAAUAAUGAAGCAUAUUAUAUAUUUAAAGAAAAGAAAUUUUUCCAAAAGAUACAAAAAAAUAUCAAUUCGUUAAUGUUAUACUUACAUAAAUUAAAAGAAAAAAAGAAAAUUAGGAAUAUUUAUUUAUUUAUUAAAUUUAUUAGUUCAAAAUGUAUCCUUAAAAUGUCUACUUAUUAUUAUAUUAAAUACAUUAUUGAAAAUAUUUAUGAAUAUAAAUUAGAUGAAUUGGUUCGUGUAGUAUUACCAAUAUAUAAUAUACAUAAAUUGUAUUCAUAUAUGUAUUAUGAAAAUUAUUGUUUUAAAAAUUAUUACAAAAAUAUACUAUCCAAAAAGGAAAUUAAAGAACUCAAAAAAGAUUCAUGUCCUUUUAUCCUUCUCAACCAUAAAAAUGCACACAUAGUUUUACCUUACUUGUUCAUGUAUCAGAUGAAUGUGUUAAAAGAGGAAAAAUGUAAAAAUUUUAAAAAAUAUAUUUUAUCAAAUAAUAUGAAAUACUCAUUAAAUGAUCAUUAUAUUUUUAAUCCGUCAAACCUUGACUUAAUACAUUCAAAAUUGAAAAAUAUAGACAAAAAAAAGAAAAAAAAAAAAAAAAAAAAACUUAUGAAUAACUCAACUAGCCAAAAACACAAAAUCGAUCAGGUAAAAAAUAGAAAAAAAAAUAAAAGAAAUUUUAAACAUAUAAAAAUAGAGAAAUAUAAAAUAAAACAAACAAUUAACAAAAGUUUAAAUAAAAGCAACAUAGGUCUAUUCGCAGGGACAUUUGAUAAAAUCCAUCUUGGUCAUAUUCUCUUAUUAUUUUAUUCUAUAUUUUUAACUAAAAAAAUUUUUUAUAUUGGAUUAUAUAAUAAUAAAAAUAUAUGUAAUAAGAAAUAUUCAGAUGAAAUUGAUGAUUUGAAAUUACGAAUUUUUAGUAUAACAGAUAUUUUAUUUCUAAUCAAAAAUGUUUAUCAAAUUCAUUUUAUUUUUCAAAACUUUGAACACAUAAAUCCUUUUAUAAAAAUAAAGAAUGCGCACAAUAUUUUAUAUGAUAUAAUAACAAAGGAAAAGGGUCAAUUCAUUAGUGAAAUCAAAAAGGAUAAAUAUUAUCAAUAUCAAAAUAAUAAUUAUGAUGACUGUAGGAUAAAUAUUAAAAGUUUGCAUAAAAAAGGAACAAAAGGUACUACAAAGGAUAAUGUCACAAAUAUGGAUCGAAUGAAUAGAAAAAAAAAUAAUUGUAUAUAUAAAAUAAAAUUUGAUGAUAGAAAAAAUAAAGAAAAAAAAAAACAAUUUAUUUCUUUAAUAAGAAAUAAAAUUAAUAGGGUAUAUCAAAAUAUAUGUGUAAAUCAAAAGAUUAUAAAAUGUAUUCGUAGGAAUUUACAUUUUUAUAUUAAUAAUCAGAAUAAACAUAAAGCUAAAAAUAAAAAUUCAAAAAUAAUUGUCCUAAAAAGAAUUCACGACCCUCUAUCUUUUGCUCAAGAUAUUUAUGAUUUAUAUUCUUUAACUAUAUCCAAGGAGUCAGAAAUUAAUGGUUAUAAGCUUGUGAACGAAAGAAGACGUAUUUAUGCUGAACUGAAAAUGCAAAAAUAUACUAAACAGAUUAGUAAAAAUAAAAAUUUUAUUCAUAUAUGUACAAAAGAUACUUCAUAUGAUAAUAAGAUGAAUUUAUUCUUCAAUAAUACGUAUGAUGAUAUUAAUAAAAAUAAAAAUAUAUCAUAUUUAUAUAAAGAAAAAACAACUUUAAACAUUUUCGAUACAAUUAAUUUACGUAAUGGAGAAAAAUGUAGCUCAACAUGUGUUCGGAAAGAAAAUUAUUUAUUAAAACAAGUAAACAAAUUUUAUAAAUACCUAAAAUAUUUUAUUGAAGCAUGUAUAUAUUUUGAUAUUGAUUAUUUUAUUAUUCAAAUGUAUAUAAAUUUAUUUCUUCAACGAAAUGGAAAACAGCCUUUUCAAAAACAUUAUAUAAGAAAGGUCAAAUGUUAUUUUUGUAAAAUGAAAAUUAAUAAUAAUAAUAAUAAUAAUAAUAAUAAUAAUAAUAAUAAUAACAAUAAUAAUAACAACAAUAAUAACAACAAUAAUAACAACAAUAAUAACAACAAUAAUAACAACAACAAUAAUGAUAUGAUGAAAAAGAAAAAUCUUUUUAUAGUUAACGACUUUUUUAGAAAUAUGUUUGUUAUAUUAUCCUUUUUUGUAAAUCAUUUUGUUGAUAAAAUUACAGUUCAUAAUCGAAAAUCUCUAUUUAUUAAAUUGGCCUUGGCUAUUUCCUUUUUCUUUUAUAACAAUAUUAUUUUGUUAAUAAUCAAAAAGAAAGAACAACUAGUAAACGAAAGUUAUAACAAGAACCAAAAAAAAAAUGAUAACGAAAAAACAAAGAAUCAUAAUAAUAUUAAUAAUGAUAAUUAUUAUUAUAAUAAUAACCAACUAAAUUUUAGUCUUGCUAAAAAAAUUAGUAUGUUUGAUAAUCAGGAAGAAAAUAUUUUCAAAAUAUAUAUUACAAAUAUAGACCAACUUAUAUUUGUAAAAAUACUAAAUCAAAUUCUAGUUUUUACCGUCUUGAUUUUAUCUGCAUCUAUUUUGUGUAAAAUGUAUGAAAAUUUUCCACGAAUAGAAAAAAAAAAGAAAAAAAGAAAAAAAAAUAACUCCUAUACACAAAUGUGUACAGAUCAAAUAUUUAACAUUAGUAAGAAAAAAUUAUUCUCAUCAAAGAAAUACUCCAAAAUAAAUGUAAGACAACAAAUGAACGACAUAUGUGAUCAUAUAAAUAGUGAUUCUCUUAUUGAAAAUAAUAAUAUGUCAUAUAAUUUUAAGAAUAACGAAAAGAUAUUAUAUAGUAGUAAAUAUAUAAUUACUCCUUAUAACUUGUGUAAAUAUAAAUUAACAUGUUUUUCCAAGAAAAAAUUGGACCAUUUGAAAUUUCAUGAACAUAAUUUGGUAAGGAUGAAAACUGAUAGUGAUUAUAUGUGUACAUCUAACAAGAAAAGAAAAAACAAAAAAAAUAUGGAUAAUGAAAAUAAUAUGUAUUAUAAUAAUAAUAAAAAGAACGAUUAUAAUAAUAAUAAUAAUAAUAAUAAUAAUUGUUAUUAUAACCAUUUGGAUUUUAAUAAAAACAAAGGUAUCACUCCGUUACGCUAUACAUAUAUUAAUAAUACUUAUGAUUUACCUUUAAGAGAAAGACAACUUAUCUUUCAGGAACAAAAAAAUAAAAAUAAAAAUAAAAAAAAUGAUAUAAAAAAUAUUGUAAAAGCAUAUAAUACAACAAAUUAUUGCAAUGUUAAUAACAGACUACAAAAUUUCCUUAUGUCACAUAUAAAUAAUAAUAAUGAUGAUAAUAUAUUUUUUUAUAGAAAAAUAUUAAUAUAUGAAUUUCUAGAUAAUUAUUUUAUUUCAUUUUUCUUAUUUUAUUUUUUAAAAUAUAAGGUAACAAAGAAUUAUAACGAUAUAUAUGCAAGUAAAAAACAGAGAGAUGAUUUUAUAUACAUAUUAUUAGUACACUUUCAAAAUCAUAUCGAAAUGAUUAUAAAUACUUAUAUUAAUAAUAAUUGGACAUUAAAAGGAAAAGAAGAAAAUAAUCCUUUCGAUCUUUAUAAUAAAUAUAAAAUGAAAUAUUCUGUUAUUCAUAGAUAUUUCAUUGUAAAAUUAUGCCCACUGAAUAAUUAUAAUAUUGAUUUUGAAAAAAAAUAUGAAUUUAAUAAUAUAAAACAAAAUAACUUUCGACAAACACCUUUCUAUAUCAACUUAGGACAAUACAAUAAUUUGAAUGUGAUGUCAUUUUAUCAAUUUAUAUUUCAAAGUAUAUUAAAAUAUGAAAAUUAUUACUAUCCAUAUUUUUCAUUCCUUAGUGCUUUACAAUUAAACAUAUAUUGA